AUGAGGAGCAACCUCUGCUUCGCCAUCCUAUGGGUAGUGUGUUGCGCCACACCUACGUCUUGCUGGCACGACCUGGACAACAGCGAGUAUGACUGCUGGCCUCUGGAGCGCCCAGACGACUCCAACAUGAUCAGUUGCGGAGGUCUGGAGAUGGCGUGGGUACUACGGCCUCCAGAGACGGUGAAAAGCGGCGAGGUGUUCGCCGUAGUCUACUCAGUCUCCGUGCGAGACUCUUUCUAUAGCUGGGCCGUGGACAAUGACAUCUUCCCUCACAGUUCCAUUGAGGGCGCGGAAGACGCUCGUAGGUUCUGCGAACAUCACGAUUGUCCCGCCAACUGGAAAGACGCCGACGGUGAAAACUGCUGCAUUCAUCACGCCAACAUCCACUCCUGUCCACUGGGAUACAUGACUUCGGAGAGCAUCUGCGGUCCGUGGAUUCCCGAUGAUGGGAAGAUCUUCACGCAUACUAUCUCCACUUCGGGCAAGAUGACGCAGACCAACUGGAGCGCCAAGGUGGUUCUGUUCCACGUGGGCUUGACCUCACUCAUCGCUCACAUCCGAGUGGGCCGCAUGCAAGUGGCGCUGGAGGCCAAAAGCACCGUGCUGCCCUCCGCAGUCUGCGGUGAUGGCGAGUGCCAAGAGGAGGAGCUUUGCUCCACCUGUCCCGCCGACUGUGGCCAAUGCCCAAUGACCGCGUCCGCCAAACUGGCCAUUGGACUGCCGCUGAGCUUGCUGUGCCUCUGCUUCGUCCUAACUGCCACGUGGCUGAGGUAUCAGCAGCAGAAACUGCUAUGGGAUGAGAGCUGGAUCAUCGAUUUUGACCUCAUCAAGCAAGAUCUGCAAGCUCGCGUGACCAUGAGCAGCUUGAUUAGCAUGGCCGCUGCACAGAGCGACAGCAAUACCAGCUGCGUGACAGCCCUCGCUUCCAACGGAGGACAAGCCGGAGGCAGGAAGACUACGUUCACCUGCACGGGGAUCUAUGACGGUAGGACAGUGGCUAUCAAGAAGAUUCCUAGCAAGUCUUUCUCUCUGUCCAAAACCAUCAGACAGGAAGUCAAGCAAGUCAGGGAGUUGGACCACCCCAAUCUGUGCAAGUUCAUUGGCGGCUGCAUCCAGUCGCCGAGCGUAGCCAUCAUCACCGAGUACUGCCCCAAAGGCAGCCUCAAUGACGUACUUCUCAACGAGGAGAUCCCGCUCAACUGGGGUUUCAGGUUCUCCUUCGCUGUGGAUAUCGCCAAAGGGAUGGCGUACCUCCACCAGCACCGCAUAUGUCACGGCCACCUCAAGUCUCUCAACUGUGUGCUGGACGACCGCUGGGUGUGCAAGAUCACCGAUUACGGGCUGAGGGUGUAUCGCCGGGGAGAAGGGGCGGAACCUCCCUCAGCCUAUCAGCAGAGACUUCAAGAAGUGUACAAGCCCCCCGAGUUUCAAGAAGGCGAUGUGGAGCCGACACUGGCUGGAGACGUCUUCAGUUUUUCCAUAAUCUUGCUGGAGAUCGCAACACGCAGUGACCCCGUCCCCGUGGAUGAUUCCAGCCUGGAAUGUUCUUGCUGUCCACCUCUGCCCGAGCUCAUCUCCAGCAAAGCCGACAACAACUGCCCGUGUCCCACCGACUACGUGGAGCUCAUCCGACGAUGUGGCGCUCAAAAUCCUACCCAACGGCCUACUUUUGAACAAAUCAGAAAGUUUGUCUACCGCAUCAACCCCAUCAAAGUCAGUCCGGUGGACAUGAUGAUGAACCUGAUGGAGAAGUACAGCAAGCAUCUGGAAGUGUUGGUGGCCGAACGAACGCAAGAUCUGAUGCAUGAGAAGCAGAAGACGGAUAGACUUCUCUACAGUAUGCUCCCUCGCCAGGUGGCUGACGACCUACGUCAAGGCAAGCCGUCGCAGGCCCAGAGCUACGUCAGCGCCACAGUGUUUUUCAGUGACAUCGUUGGAUUCACGCAACUGUCCAGCAGCAGUACGCCGUACCAGGUGGUGGACUUCCUCAACAAGCUGUACACCACGUUCGAUGACAUCAUCGACAAUUAUGACGUCUACAAGGUGGAAACCAUCGGUGACGCCUACAUGGUGGUGUCGGGCGUCCCGCAAGAGAACGGAAUCCUUCACGCAUCUGAGAUUGCCAGCAUGGCGUUGGACUUGGUGGCUGUGUGCCGCACCUUCAGGAUCCCUCACAAGCCUAACACGCAACUGCAGAUUCGCGCCGGGAUCCACUCGGGUCCAGUGGUGGCCGGGGUGGUGGGGACGAAGAUGCCUCGCUACUGUCUGUUUGGUGACACGGUAAACACAGCUUCUCGUAUGGAGUCUACCAGCUUAGCAUUGAAAAUCCAAUGCAGUGCUAGUGUCUUUUACCUGCUGGAAGAGAUUGGCGGCUACGUGUUGGCGUGUCGCGGAACACUGCCGGUCAAGGGGAAAGGUGACAUGGUGACGUACUGGCUGGACGGCAAGACCUCCGAGGAGUCGGACGGCAAAAGAGAGCAAGAUCUUGGAUUCUCCCUGCCUGGCGCGCUUGACGCCAAGGACCGUCCGAUUGCCGGCUCCACCUGA